AUGCUACAAACCCAUAGGGACCUAAACACCAUUACUGGAGUAAAGAACCUGAAAAUUUUCAAUUCAAAAGGACUUUUGGGACCAUCCCAGAUGAACUUAACUUCGUUCUUGUUAUUUGCUUCCCGAAACAUUAUGUUCCUGCUAUGUGUGGUUUUGGGCUUCAAUCAAAUUACCAUUGCUGCUCAACAUGGCAACGAGACGGACAAGCUAUCAUUGCUCGCAUUCAAGUCCAACAUAACCAACGAUCCUUUUGGGGUCCUGAGCUCAUGGAAUGAAUCCGUUCACUUCUGCCAGUGGCGUGGUGUGAUAUGCGGCCAUAGACACCAGAGGGUGAUCAUGUUGGACCUAGGAUCUCAAAAGCUAACAGGGUCCAUAUCGCCUUAUAUUGGAAAUUUGAGCUUUCUAAGAAGAUUACAUUUACAGAACAAUAGCUUCAGUCAUGUAAUCCCUCGUGAACUUGGCUUUUUGCAAAGACUCGAAUAUUUAUGGCUGUACAAUAAUUCGAUUUCUGGCACAAUUCCUGACAAUAUCUCUACUUGCUCUAACCUUAUCGGCUUCGAUGUUUCUUACAACCAGCUAGUGGGGAAGAUUCCAAUGGAGCUUGGCUCUUUGUUAAAACUUGAAGUUGUUUCCAUUAGCUUUAACAAUCUUACAGGUACUAUCCCUCCUUCUUUAGGGAACUUAUCGUCUCUUGUUAAACUUAAUCUAGCGUACAAUGAUCUUGUUGGGAGUAUCCCAACAACGCUUGGGCAAGUAUCAAAACUUGAAUACUUUGCACUGCCAGUUAACAGAUUGUCUGGUACCAUUCCUUCCUCAAUCUUCAAUCUCUCUUCUUUAACGACGUUUACCGUGACGGUAAAUCAAAUCCAAGGGACUCUCCCUGCGGACUUGGGCACCACUCUUCCAAAUCUUGAAUUCUUUGCCAUUACCACAAACCAAUUUACCGGUUCCAUUCCAGUUUCAAUGUCUAAUAUGUCAAAUCUGGCCUAUCUUCAAGCCAUGGAAAACAAUCUUACAGGGAGUGUUCCUCAUUUUGAAAAGUUGCACAAGCUUCGUUGGUUUACAAUCUCUAGAAAUCAGCUUGGAGGUCUAGAAUCCAAUGACUUGAGCUUCAUCUCGUCUUUGACAAAUGCCACUGAUUUAGAAAUACUGGCUCUUGAUAAUAACAAUUUUGGAGGGGUGUUGCCCGAAUCCUUUGCAAACCUCUCAAUCAAUCUUGUAGGGUUGUGGCUAGGAAACAAUCAAAUAUAUGGAAGUAUUCUAAAUGGGAUAGCCAAUUUCAUCAACUUGACACGUAUUCAAAUAAGUGGCAACCGAUUUAGUGGAAAUAUUCCCCCUGAUAUUGAGAAGCUUCAAGACCUUGGAGUUUUGCAAUUAUCCCGGAACAGAUUCUCAGGGAUAGUUCCUUCCUCCUUAGGAAAUUUAAAUCAGUUGACACUAAUCUAUCUAUCGGACAACAACUUUCAUGGAAACAUCCCUUCCAGUUUGGGGCAAUGUACAAAUUUGUUAGUAUUGGACCUUUCUCAAAACAAUCUUAGUGGCACAAUACCUCUACAAAUUUUCGGUCUCUCAUCCUUGUCAUAUAUUUACUUCUCUCAGAACCAAAUAACUGGUUCCUUUCCUGCCGAAGUUGGGAAAUUAAAAAGCCUUGAAUUACUGGAUGUUUCUGAGAAUCUCUUUUCUGGUGAAAUUCCCAGCACUCUUGGUAGUUGUGUGGGAUUGGAAGGCCUCAACAUGCAAGGAAACUUCUUUCGAGGGACCAUCCCUUCAUCUUUCAGUACUUUGAGUGGUAUGCAGUCUUUAGAUCUUUCGUACAACAAUUUGUCGGGCCAAAUUCCAGAGUAUUUGGAGGGCUUUGAUUUGCAAUAUUUAAAUUUAUCAUUUAAUGAUCUUGAAGGACCGGUUCCAAAUGAAGGCAUCUUUAAGAAUGCAAGUGAAUUUUCGGUAAACGGAAACCCAAAACUCUGUGGGGGUUUAUCUAUACUACAGCUUCCUAGAUGCAACUUUAAACAGUCUAAGAAAAAUGGCCUAAGCUUUAAGCUUAAGCUAAUAAUCUCCAUAGUUUUUGGGUUUCUUGGACUAAGCUUGGUGCUGGGGUUUGUAUACUUUUUGGUGUUUAGGAAGAGCAAGCAAGUGCCUUAUGCAGAUUCAUCUUCAUCAAGAUUGGAUUUUAAAACUCUCCUUCGAGCUACCAAUGGUUUUUCUUCAUCUAAUUUGAUUGGUGUGGGUAGUUAUGGAUCUGUUUAUAAAGGAAUUCUUGAUCAUGAUGAAACAUUUGUUGCCGUGAAGGUGUUUAACCUUCUACACCAUGGAGCUUCCAAGAGUUUCAUGGCCGAGUGUGAGGCUUUAAAGAAUAUCAGACACCGAAAUCUUGUCAAGGUGCUGAGUGUAUGCUCAGGUGUCGAUUAUCAUGGUAAGGAUUUCAAGGCUUUGGUGUUUGAGUUCAUGAUGAAUGGUAGUCUAGACGAGUGGUUACAUGACAAUUCAAGUGAAAGUUUGUCAAAUGUUGAGCCCAAGAAAUUAAGCCUCCUUCAGAGAUUGAACAUUUCCAUUGAUGUUACUUGUGCGCUGGAUUAUCUACACAAUGACUGCCAAGCACCAAUAGUCCACUGUGAUAUCAAGCCAAGCAAUGUUCUUUUGGACAAUGAGUUGGUUGGUCAUUUAGGUGACUUUGGGUUAGCAAAAUUCCUUUCAAUAGCCUCCCAAAAUUUGACUACAAAUCAAAGCAGCUCUGCUGGUAUAAGAGGAACUAUUGGUUACACUGCACCAGAGUACGGGAUGAGAAGUGAGGUUUCAACAUGUGGUGAUGUUUACAGCUUCGGCAUCCUCCUAUUGGAAAUGUUCACGGGGAAGAGGCCUACAAAUGACAUGUUCAAAGAUGAUUUUGACCUUCAAAACUUUGCUAAGGCAGCUUUGCCUGACGGAGUAUCUGAGGUUGUGGAUCCAAUACUUCUCCAGGAAAUAGAGGAGGAGGAGACGAGCAGAAGAAACACAAAAGAGCACGGGUUUAUAAGAAGCCACAAGACUCAGAACUGCCUGAUUUCUGUACUGAGAGUUGGAGUUGCUUGUUCCUCAAAACUGACAGCCGAACGACCAAACAUUGCUGUUGCCGCUGCUGAGUUGCAAUCCAUCAGGAAUGUUCUUCUUGGAACUGGUAUAAACCGAGAAAGACGAGCAAUGAAAUAGUAGGCAAUCCCACAAGGGGCAGUAUUAGAUUAAAGUGUAAGUCAGAAUUGGAAGGAGGGGUCUGGAUUCAACAAAUAGCCUCAAUGUUUAUUUGGGAG